AUGCCAAGUUGGCCAAAUUUUUGGAGUACUUACGCGGGCGAAUGGGCACAGCGUUCUGACGUACCAUUUCCAGCGGUGGACGCCUCGGUUGAGACCUGGUUAGCGGCAGCCAAGCAAGAACGAGACUCUAUCCUUCACCUGCUCCGCACCUUCGGUCACAGCCACGAAAUAGUGCAGCUUCUAGCCCCGCAAGUGCUGGACGAGCUAACUUCACCUUGGCGAGACGAAUGCUGGCAGACGGCGAUUGAAGCAGGACAGCAGGAUGAGAAAACAGAUCCGACCCGAGUCCGCCGUCUCGCGCAGUGGGGGCUUCGAGCAGAGCGCGCAGUUGAUAACAAGCGGAGGAAGGCGAUUGUGACCAGUACCGACGAAUGGGACGUAGAAAAAGCGGAAAACUAUGGGCGGGACGUAGUCAUGUGGCUAUGUGCUCCAUCGCGGACAUCUCGCUUAAGCCACUACUUAUUGUUUGCGCACAUUUACGCAGAGAAGGUGGCCGCAAUGAUUGGCGAGGACAGCCACCCUGAUGACUCAGCCCAGACGAAGCUUCAACGACACUUGACCGCUCUUCGCAAGCUCCCGACCUUCAAAGCUGCAUUCCUCACAAAUGACAAAGCCAUGACCGUAAAAUGGGGAACAAUAGGACGGUACAUGGCCCACGUGGUUGACGAUGGAGAUGGUUCGCAUCAGAAUCAGCUGACGACCAUGACACCACAGCUCCAGUACUAA